AUGUGCAGAUGCCAUGCAGAAGAGUCAAGCUUAAGGACGAAAGAAAAGCAAGUGAGAUGCAGACGCUGUGAAGGAAGAAAGGUUGCAAGAAAGAGGGCCAGGGUCAUGGGCUGGUGCAGGGCCAGCAUGGACAUCGAACUGGCCAGGUCGUCGGGUGCCGUCAAGCUGCCAUGCCUCAACAUGUGCCUCGUGACUGUGCAGUGCGUGCAGGCGCCUGAGCGGCAGGAAUGUGGAUCUGUGUGGAUAGAUGUGUGCAGAGUGGCAUCACAGCAAGUGGAGAAGGCUGGCUGCGUGUGGCAGGACAGAGGAAGGGGAGGGGGGAAUCUUGGUUUGGCCCCUGGUUGA